AUGUUGCGCGAAGAAAAAGGGCAGCCAGCAACUCCAUCAUGCCCUGUCGGCGCCUUUUGGCAACGCGCUAGGCCCGUCCCCACUCUGCGCCCCUCCACCACCACGACCACGACCACCAUCACCACUCCACUCCACCACCACCCCUCCUUCGACCCCCCCCCCGACCCCCCUCACCAGCAACUCCAACACCAGCCAAAUGGCCCCAGGCGUAGCCUUUCUCGCCUCGACUCGCCCUCGCCCGUCGAGACGCAGCACUCACAGAGCCUGCCCUCGAUCAGCCGGCCCAACAGCGUCGACUCGGUACGCUCGACCUCGGAAGAGCAAGUCCUCCCCAGGCUGUUCCAACCUCCAGGAAGACCUCCCAUGCGGCCCAGCUUGCACGACAAAGGCAUCAAGACGCACAGCAUCAGCAGGCUGAACCCGCCCACAGGCACGAUAGAUGCACACCAGUCGCCCUUUCUGACGGCAAGCACACGCCCGUCCGAGGUGACGACGCCGCACCCGGCACUACCUACACCACCUGCUGCAGGCCGAACCCACUACUUUCCGCCCACGGCACCAACUCCGCCCCCGAACAUGGGUCGCACAGACAUGCAUCGACCCAGCAUCAACUUUCCCCAGUCGGGCAGUGCAAGUCCCAUUGCCCAGUACUCUCCCUACAGCCAGCCGGCUUCGGUGGCGUCUACGCAGUACGACAACCACAGCACCCAAGGACAAUAUGGCCCUGGUGUUGCUCCCAUGCACGAUUCGCGCCAAGGAUCUGCCUCGAUUGAUGGCGACCGCACCAGCAUGAUCGCCAUGGCACCGUCGAGUCAAAGCAGCAUCCAGCUCAUGACCAUCAAAAGCCAGCACGGGCCCCCCCGCCAAAUUCCCGUGGAGACGCAGACAGCCUCCAAAGGCGCUGACGAGAAGAGGAGACGCAAUGCGGGCGCAUCGGCACGCUUCCGUGCGCGACGAAAGGAAAAGGAACGAGAGGCUUCGAUGAGCAUCUCGCGGUUGGAGCAAAGUGUGCGUGAUGCCAACGAGGAUGCUGCCUUUUACCGCGACGAGCGAGACUACUGGAGAUCGUUGGCACUGCAGACGAACCCCGAAAGAAACCAUCCUCGGCCACAGUCACCGCGCUUGAGGCGCGCAUCAGCAGCGCCGUCGCGUGCGCCGUCGUCGACGACGGGCCAUGGCUCCGAGGCGUCUUUUGACGGGUACGAAGAAGAGUCGCGCGAAGAAGAGCAGCGCAACGUGCGAAGGAGAACGGGCAGCUAUCAUCCUGCGCUGGGAUCGCACCAGAUGGACGGGGCUGCCUCGGGCCACGACACGCACUCUUAUCCCAUGGCGACGUUUGCGCCCACGGGGCACACGUCUGGGCAGAAUAGCCAGAACCACGAGUCCCCGCAGCAUGCGUCAGGACAAGCGUCAGGUCUUCAGCAUCCAUCGCCGGAACGGCCCAUGUACCGCGACCCGUUUACGCCGGGCGGCGGUCGUUAUGAGCACCGGGCCUGGAGUUCGGAGCAGGCCAAGGGCCGGACGCAUUGA